AUGGUGUAUGGGAAGCCAAUGAAGAGAACGCAAUAUUGGGGUUAUGUGCUCAAACUUUCUCGAGAGAGAACAACACUUGGAACAACCCCCGGAACAACACCUGGAACAACGCCUGGAACAACACCCGGAACAACCCCUCGAACAACUUUGGGAACCACACCAGGUACUACACCAGGCACAACACCAGGAACAACACUUGGAACAACCCCCGGAACGACGCCUGGAACAACGCCAGGAACAACACCCGGAACAACCCCUGGAACAACUGCUGUAACAACGCCAGCUACAUCAUCUGGAACAACACCAGGAACAACUCCGGGAACCACACCAGGUACUACACCAGGCACAACACCAGGAACAUCACUUGGAACAACCUCCGGAACAACACCUAGAACAACGCCUGUAACAACACCCGGAACAACCCCUGGAACAACACCGGGAACCACACCAGGUACUACACCAAGCACAACAACAGGUACUGCACCAGGCACAACAACAGGAACAACACUUGGAACAACCCCCGGAACAACACCUGGAACAACGCCUGGAACAACACCCGGAACAACCCCUGGAACAACACCCGGAACAACCCCUGGAACAACUUCGGGAACCACUCCAGGUACUAGACCAAGCGCAACACCAGGAACAACACUGGGAACAACCCCUGGCACAACACCUGGAACAACUCCGGGAACCACACCAGGUAUUACACCAGGCACAAUACCAGGAACAACACUUGGAACAACCCCCGGAACAACACCUGGAACAACGCCUGGAACAACACCCGGAACAACCCCUCGAACAACUUCGGGAACCACACCAGGUACUACACCAGGCACAACACCAGGAACAACACUUGGAACAACCCCCGGAACGACGCCUGGAACAACGCCAGGAACAACACCCGGAACAACCCCUGGAACAGCUGCUGUAACAACGCCAGCUACAUCAUCUGGAACAACACCAGGAACAACUCCGGGAACCACACCAGGUACUACACCAGGCACAACACCAGCAACUGAUAACCUUGUCAAGUUAAGCUCAGAAAUCUUGAAUAAAGGUGUAUAG